CUGAGACGCGCUGCUGCCCCCCGCGCGGGCGCCGCGGCUUCAAUGGCGCCAUCGCCCAGGACCGGCAGCCGGCAAGAUGCGACCGCCCUACCCAGCAUGUCCUCAACUUUUUGGGCGUUCAUGAUCCUGGCCAGCCUGCUCAUCGCCUACUGCAGCCAGCUGGCCGCUGGCACCUGUGAGAUCGUGACCCUGGACCGGGACAGCAGUCAGCCACGGAGAACAAUCGCCCGGCAGACUGCGCGCUGUGCAUGCAGAAAGGGACAGAUCGCCGGCACCACGAGGGCCCGACCCGCCUGUGUAGACGCCCGCAUCAUCAAGACAAAGCAGUGGUGUGACAUGCUCCCAUGCCUGGAGGAGGAGGGCUGCGACCUGCUCAUCAACCGCUCCGGCUGGACCUGCACACAGCCCGGCGGGCGGAUCAAGACCACCACGGACAGCUCGCUGCAGGGCGCCCUGAGCUCCAGCCCACCCGACCGCUUCCAGGAGCCCAGACUGAAACAAGCAGGCGGGGAGCUGAGAGUGGCGUUAGCAAUACACAGUCUGAGGGGGACGUCUGGGCGGCCGCCCCCAGGGGACGUGACUCGGUUGGUGCCUCCGGGAGCAGGAGAGGAGGGGCCGUGCCGAUGGUCGGAGGAGGCCAGGGCCCUGCCAGCCUCCGAGGAGCCCCAGCCGAUGGAAGGACACUCAGGUGUGGACACGAACCUCUGGCUGAGCCCCAGACUGUCCGAAUCGCUUUUAUUUUCUUAUACUUUCAGUAUAUUCAAUAGACCAAAGAGAAAAAUCUAUUUUACAGUGGACGCACCCAGGCGAUCAAAGUCCCCUGGGCUGGACAGUGGGGCGGGAAGGCAGCGGGAACGUGACGACAGACACGUGCCCUCAUCCACGACAGAACGCAGAGGGGGUCCGAGGCAGAGACCCCCGCCCCACGAACACUGUGGUGAGUCCUGA